GGAAUGCCUGGCUCCUAGAAGAGAGAGAGAAAACAGGGAGAGGAAAGAGAAAAAGGAAGGGAAGGCGACAGGGAAUGUAACUGGAAGUUCACCCUCCCUUCCCCCUUUCUCUCUCCGGGAAUCCCUCUCCCAUGGCUCCGUCUCCAACCCAAACAACCCACCCACCUCCACAGGAUCCCUUGAACAGCCUUUCAAGCCCAAGCCUAGCGGAGAGAGAGCCUUGAGGCCGCUAGGUGGCGCUCCACAACCACAUUUGAAGCCCUUGCUCUUUCCUCCCAGCCAUAUAAGUCGCUCCCCCCUCCUAAGACUCGCCUAGCUCUUCCCCCAGACACUUAAUUCCUGGGUAUUCCAAGGGAAGGGGGGAAAAAAGAAAGAAAAGAAAAGAGGGCGCAGGGAGCCCAAGUUAACAAGGCAUCUGUGCUCCGAGAGCCCCGUCUUCCAGAGGUUUUAAAGGGACCUCCGUCCCACUCCGCCUAUUUUUUUUUGCUGGAACUUCCCGCUCCGAAGAGAGGUCCGAGCCUUUGCCAAAGAAGAGACAGCACCUUCGACUUUUCCGCCGCGGUUUUGGGGGGACGGGGGGCGACCCUUGAAGAAGACGAUGCGGAUGUACUGAUUAGCUUGACCCGGGGCCAAGGCUGGCCAAAGAAGGAUCGCUCCUUUGAGGGAUCCGGAGAAAGUUCUGCCAGGAGAUCCAAGGCGUCUCCACCGAGAAAGUGGUGCCGAGGAGGCAUCCCGGGGAGAAGGAGCGCGCCAGCGAGGCAACUUCCCGGACGACGCCUGAUUCGCAUCCCGCCAUGGACCUGCCAGGCUGCCGCAGAACCGACGCCCCGCCGCCCGCCUUCCUGUGAGGGGAGAAAAGCGCGGGAAACGAGCAGGCAAAAAGAGACCCUUCAAGAGCCUCGCUCUUUCUCUCGCUCGAAGGAGAGCCCUCCAGCCGCCCUUUGGCUGGCCUGGGCGGCACGAUGCCCGGGCGGCGCCUGUCGGAGGGCGUGGGCGGAGGGCCCUGCUGCUUGGCGGCGGCGCUGCUGCUGCUGGGGGCGCUCUUCCUGCCCUGCGCCCGGCCGGCCGUGACGGCGCUGAACGACACGGAGCCCAUCGUGCUGGAGGGCAAGUGCCUGGUGGUGUGCGACUCCAGCCCCUCCGCCGACGGCGCCAUCACCUCCUCGCUCGGCAUCUCCGUCCGCUCCGGCAGCGCCAAGGUGGCCUUUUCGGCCACGCGCAGCACCAACCACGAGCCCUCCGAGAUGAGCAACCGCACCAUGACCAUCUACUUCGACCAGGUAUUAGUUAAUAUUGGCAAUCAUUUUGACCUGGCUUCCAGUAUAUUUGUAGCGCCAAGAAAAGGAAUUUAUAGUUUCAGUUUCCAUGUUGUAAAAGUAUAUAACAGACAAACUAUCCAGGUUAGUUUAAUGCAGAAUGGCUAUCCAGUGAUUUCAGCUUUUGCUGGGGACCAAGAUGUCACCAGAGAAGCAGCCAGCAAUGGGGUCUUGCUCCUUAUGGAAAGAGAAGACAAAGUGCAUCUCAAACUGGAGAGAGGGAAUCUCAUGGGAGGAUGGAAAUAUUCAACAUUUUCUGGCUUCUUAGUCUUUCCACUAUAAAGAGAGGUCAAGGAGAAAUCUAAUCUGCAAGUUGGAACAAGGAUCCAGUCAUUUAAAAAAAUCUAACAAGAAUACAAGAACCGUCCUCCUCCUCUUCCCUGAACUUGGCUAGACAUUGCCAACAAUUCCAGCCACCCUCUCAGACUGCCAUAAUAGAAGAAAGGGAAAUCUUCUCAAUACCACUCUUUGCUUUGACUCUUGACAAUUUCUUGAGAAACCUACGGCUCUGAUUAGUUUUAGAUGACAGUGAUCUUUAAGAGAAAUGAAAUCAUCAACCUGAGCAAUUUGUACCUGUGAUUGUAAAGUCAAUUUUGGAUUUUAGUAUUGGGAUCAUUGACUUUCCUCCCUUCAUUUUCAUUAUGUUCUUGUUCUGAAGAGAUACAUUAACUGGGACCACACAACUGCUUGUCCAGAGCUUAUCCUAAAGCCAGAAGAAUUCAACAUCUGAUGAAGUAUUCUUGCGAUACUGUUCUCUCUUUGUGUUUGUAUAGCCUUAAAAAAUAUCAAGAGAAAUUAAGAAUAGCAUCAAGUUCGAUCCUGUUAUCUUCUGGGGGAGUGAAAUCUUUGGACAUUACUGUGUCAAGAAGUGCUUUAUCCAGUGAAGCAAAUUUUGCACGAUUGGAAACUAUCUUAUUUUGUGUUACUCGUGUUUUUCAUCAUCAUUCCUUUCCUGACUCUUUUUGUGCUGAAGAAGAAGGCUAGACUGAUCAAUAAGAUAAAGCUAGCACAAACAUACCUUGUAGCUCACAAUGAAACUAACCAGUGAACAGUUCUGCUUACGUUAUGCAUCUGAUCAAAUGGAAACAUUUGCUGAAAUGGAGGAACGGAAUACACAAAAGGGAGUGACAUUUCUGAAUUUGUUGGACAUUUCCAGAAUCUGUUCCAGAAAGCUGUGAAUAUCUUAUUUGAACAUAAAAUAAUGGCAUUUCCUUUGCAUUGCUGGGAUUCUUUGGUGCUUUCCUGGUCUUUAUUUCAUGGAUUUAAUUACUAAAGCUUGAAUAUGCAGUGGUUUGAUCUUUUCUGAGUGCUCCAAAAUAAUGUCCAAUUUAGGGAAAAACAAAUCUACACUGAAUCUGUCUGGAUAAGAUAUGUUAUCAACAGUUGCUGUUAAAAUGUCUCACAGAACCAAGGUAUCAAAAUCCUGAGUUUGGGAAGCUUCUGAAAAUUUAUAUAGAUGAGCGAUGAAUAAAUCAUAAAUUGUAUAUUUUAUUUUAUUAUAUUUUAUCUAUUUUUGUUGCAGCUUCACCUAUUAGCAUCCAAAGACUUUUGUGUAAUUUUAAUCCAAUACUGUAUACCAGAAAGGUCAUUGAUUCCAAAUGAUAAAAGAAGAAACCUCAGGUUGAAUUCAAAUUCACCUACUUUGUGUCAAUGUAACCAAAAUGCUGAUGAACUUUAGAUUCAGAAUAAAUGGGUUUCAUGUCCAA